AUGAACUAAUUUCGUUCAGUCAAGGCGAGUGAAGGCAAGGCAAUGGUGUAUUAAAGUAAAUGUGAGAGUGAGGUAUGGUUGCAUAUGGUAGUGUGUGAAGUGGGCAAGAAUGAAUGGUAAACUUUGACAUUUUCAAUAAGGACGGACAUCAGGUUCUGAAGUCAAAUUCUUGUGCAUUGGAUUGCAUUUGUGUAAAAGUUCCUGCAUGCCAGCUCAGAAAUUAGUGGACAAACAUUGUCUUAGAAUAUUGAACAUGGAGCCCAGGAAUAUCCCGACGAACAAUUCUCACCAUCAGUUAAUGACUGGAGAAGAUGUUGAUAGUGUUGCUAGUACGGACUCAAGCUACCCUUCGGAUCCAAGCUCUGCAGCAAAAAAUGGAAGGUUUACCUGCCUUACACGACGACAGAUAGUUACUGUUGCUGUUCUCUGUUUUGUCAACUUAAUAAACUAUAUGGACAGAUUUACUAUUGCUGCUGUUCUUGAGCAAGUGAAGAAAUAUUACGGUGCUAAUAAUUCCUCUGCGGGAUUAUUGCAAACGGCAUUUGUAUUUAGCUAUAUGAUAUUUGCACCUGCUUUCGGUUAUCUUGGAGACAGAUAUAGUCGGCGAUGGAUUAUGGCUGGUGGUGUUUUUAUGUGGAGUUUGACAACAUUGGUUGGUUCUUACAUGGAGAAUUUUCAUGCCUUCCUCUUCUUUCGAGCACUUGUGGGAAUUGGUGAAGCCAGUUAUUCUACUAUUGCUCCCACAAUUAUUAGUGAUCUUUUUGUUAAAAAUGUCCGGUCACGGAUGUUGGCAAUAUUUUAUUUUGCCAUUCCUGUUGGCAGUGGUUUGGGUUACAUCAUUGGCUCUGAAACAUACAAGAUAGCUGGCCAGUGGCAGUAUGCUUUACGUGUAACUCCAGUUAUGGGAGUAAUUGCAGUACUUCUCAUUAUAUUUCUAAUGCAAGAUCCAGCCAGAGGAGAGAGUGAAGGAAGGACUCAUGAUACGACAACCUCAUGGUUUGAGGACAUUAGAGCCUUGUUCAAAAAUUUUAGCUUCAUGUUGUCAACCUUGGGUUUUACUUGCGUGACUUUUGUUACUGGGGCUCUACGCAUGGUGGGGUCAAAUAUUUCUUGUUCUUGGGCUCAAAUUGCAAAAUGAAAACUAUGAAGGUUCUGAUGAUAAUUUUUGUCGGAUAUAAGAUUGCAUGUGAUAGUUCUGUAACAUACACAAAUAAUUUAAAAUGCUUUUCUUCCAGUGAAUACGCUAAUUAUGAAGAAAAUUAUCUUUAUUUUGAUUGCAUGCUUUUUUUUGAGCAUUUUAUUGCUUCAUGCUCACUGUGUUUAUGUACAUUUACUUCCAGUGUGGCCAACAUAUUUGGUGUCAUCACAAUGAUAGCUGGAAUCACUGGAGUGUCCUUGGGUUCCUAUUUAGCACAAAGAUUUCGUGCUAGGUGGCCGAAUGCCGACCCAUUGGUCUGUGCAUAUGGCUUACUUGCAAGUGCUCCACUUGUCUUCCUUGCUACAGUUACUGCAAAACACAACAUUUCUGUGUGCUAUUUGCUUAUCUUCUUUGGCGAAGUUUUUCUUAACUUGAACUGGUCCAUUGUGGCAGAUAUGAUAUUGUAUGUUGUUGUGCCUACAAGAAGAUCAACAGCAGAAGCUUUCAAUAUAUUGUUUUCUCAUGCCCUGGGUGAUGCUGGUAGCCCUUACUUAAUUGGAGUGAUAUCAGUGGCAUUGCAGGCAGCCCUUAGCCCUACUGGUGCUAUUCUUCCACCUGCAGAUGCCAAUCAGCCUAAGUCUCGAGAAGAAAUUGAAGUUGAGUUUCUCAGUUUACAAUAUGCUCUCUUCAUUACCUGCUUUGUGGAAGUUAUAGGAGGACUAUUUUUCCUAUUGACUGCAGUGUACAUAGUACAUGAUAAAAUCAAAGCAUCUGGUGACGAUUGUGAGCAGCCAAGACAUAUAUAUGCUGAUCAAACUUACUUAACUCAUGAACAGUCUCAAAACUUAGUGACUUAAUAGAUUUUUUUAUUCAUUUUAUGUGUAUUUCCCACGACUGAUAUCACUUAACUUCAUUUUUUUAGCAAAUGAAGUUGUAUUUAUUUAUUGAAUUAUUUGUUUUGUAUGUACAGUGAUUGUACAUCAAUACAAAUAGGACUGCAAGUGUUGUUUCUGAAGAUGGAAUUUGGUGUGAAUUCAUUACACCUAAGAAACUCUUGUUAGUCACACUGAAAGUAUAUUGGUGAGAGUGCUACAUUCAUGUUCGAGAUAAGACUGUUUUAGGAAAUAGAAACAAAGUCUCAAUGGAUUACGGAAAUCCAUGCAGUUGUACAAAUUCAAUUGGUUCUUUGUCUUGUUGAAGUGUGUUCAGAACUUACAAAACUUCUUUUAAAUUUUUUAGACUCUUGGAGACUGUUCAGUCUGGACAGAUUUUUAGUGCAUUUUUACUCCGUAUUUGACAAGUUCUUAAAUGUAUUAUUAGGAGUGUAAGUGAUGGAGAUUUCAAUAAUUCCAUCACCUAACUUUUGAUGCACAUUUGACAGGCAUCGAACUACAUUAUUUUUCUGAUAAGCAAUUGUACAUAGAUUAAAACUUCAAAUACAGAAUUUUUAAGUACUUGUAUAUUUUUUCUCCCUAAAUAUAAGUUUAAAAAGUUAUUUUUUUUUCUAUACUAUGUUUUGUACUUUUUGAAUGUUGCAGUAUUUUUGAACUGCAUACAAAUAAACAUAAAUGACUAGGGGCAGAUUUUUAUGACCUCAAACAUCAUCAAAAAUGAUCAUUAAAAUGCUUUUAAAUUGUUUUAAAAAUCCCUUAAGUGCAAAGACAAAUUGCAUAAAAAAUCUGGUAAAAAACAGAUAAGGUGAUUAACUGAAGCUAUUGGGUGUCAUUCUGAUGUAAUCGAGACUUCUUCCUUCUGUUCAAGUGAACUCAGCUUGCAAACUUUUGGCAUGGAUUGUUUUUUUUUUCC